AUGGAUGUGACAAAAGUUGUCUUCGUCUCGGCUCACACAAUUCUUUCGUUGGCUGGUAUUUUCUUCAACGGUCUUCUCAUCUACGUCGGCAUUUUCCACUCACCGAAUAAAAUCAAAACUUAUGCUGCAUUAAUCUUGAACUUCGCCUUCUCCGACUUGAUUAUCUGCCUUAUGAACCUGUUCAUCCAGCAAAGGUAACAUCUAGUUUUUUUUUAUCGCGGUUUGGAGUUUUCUGAAUAUAUGUUUUUUUUAAAUCUCCGGAAGUUUAUAUUGAGAUCCUUCUAGCUACAUAAACUUUUAUUGUUGAAGAUAUUAUUUUUCAAAAUUUCCCUUUAGCACAAGAUUAGGCCUGGAACCAUCCCUUUGAAAGUCGGAAAUUUUUCAUCUCAAAAAAUGGAACUUUUUGCAGGCCUUGAGAAAACCUAACAGACCCAUAUCAAACUACAGAAAAUUUCAAGAAAUGACCUGUAAACUUGGAAAAAGGGCAUAUCCUAAUCGGAAUUUUAUUAAGAUUAGUGACGACCGGCGAUUCGACUAUCUUCGUUUCCAAUGGCCCGUGCAAGUUAUUCGGCCCAAGUGUUUGCUUUCAAGCGUGAGUUUCAAGUCAUUAUCUAAUAUCAAUGUUUUUUCCUUUCCACCUUCAAACAGUUUCUCAUCGAAUCUCCCAUUUUCAGGAACAACGUCCAACAACAUCUCAUCACUUUUGGAGCUUAUUCCCUUCUUUUAUCAUUCUUCUACAGAUAUUAUAUUAUAUUGCGAGUACCACCCUCACGACGAAAUGUCCUGAUUGUUCUCUUCAUAUUUUAUCUGCCUUCAUUCAUUCAAUAUGUAAGGCUUACAAGCCCCUCAAAUGAAGCAUUUGUUUCAUUCAGAUUUUAUCCUUAUUCAUGGAAAGCCCUCCGGAAGAAAUGCGGCAGAUUUUCGAAGAAGCUUUCCCUCAGUACAAUUCAAAGUGUUUGACAAUCGGUGGAAUCAAGGACAAUACUCUUUGGCUGCCAAAUUUGGUCAUUUCACAUGGAAUAUUCGCUGUUAUACCGAUUUAUGUGGCUAUUUUCGUCUUCCGAUAUAUGAUCAUGAGAAAACUGAAAGUCGUCAUGUGCGUGAGAUCGGAGACUAGAAGCAUGCAGAAGCAAUUUUUGAAGGUAUAAUUCUUAUUCGAAUUGUACUCCAUUCGUCACAAACCGUGUGACAAGGGAAGUGUUUUUAGCCUCCCAUUGGACUUUUGAUCGAAAUUGGCCAGAGUUUAAUUCAAAAGAUCCUAAAACCGAAAUAAGAAAAAAUAUACAGCGAUAGAGCUUGAUUUUGAAGCCUAACAGUUUGUCCAAAGUUUUCAAGUUCAUGCUUGGUCAAAAUUUCAACCUGGGACUAAAAAAGCUAUUGUGCUUGCUUUUGAAACACUAGGAGGGCACAGAUAGGCGGUUUCAAGCGGCGGCGAAUGAAGUAUGAAAUAAACUUCCUUCAAUUUAUACAGAAAAACGAUCUAACUUACCCGAUUCCAGGCUCUCACCUACCAAACCUCGAUCCCGAUGAUCAGCUUAGUGGCGAUGAUUUUUUUCGGGAUCGGUCAACAGAAAAUGUUCAAACAUCCGGCUAUGGAAUACGCAACACCAAUUUGCCUACUUUUAACUCCAGUCGUAUCCCCUCUGGCUUCUUUAUAUUUUGUCCAUCCUUACAAAACAAAAGUCCAGAGUUUGAUGGGACAAGAAGCCAAUUCCUUUUCACAGAAGACCGCUAUCGUUUCCAUUUCUCAAACUUCGAAUGUAUAA